GGAGAAGACGGCUUCUCUCUCGCCACUCACUAAAACCCUACUUUUGUAACAUAUACAUUUCAAUCGCCUAAACCCUAGUUUCAGUAUUAAUAAAAUCUCUGUAGCAGUGGGAGCGAUAUAAAGCUUAAUAUCGAUGUCGGACGAAGAAACGAAGGAGGAGAAGGAGCUUGAUCUCACUUCCCCCGAAGUUGUUACCAAAUAUAAGAAUGCUGCUGAGAUCAUCAACAAGGCGUUGCAGUUAGUAUUGUCGGAGUGCAAACCAAACGCUAAAGUCGUAGAUGUAUGUGAGAAAGGAGAUGCCUUUAUUAGAGAGCAAACCGGGAAUAUGUAUAAGAAUGUUAAGAAGAAGAUCGAGAGGGGUGUUGCCUUCCCAACAUGCGUCUCCAUAAACAACACAGUUUGUCAUUUCUCUCCUCUUGCCAGUGACGAAAUGGUUCUGCAAGAAGGAGAUUUAUUAAAGAUUGAUAUGGGAUGCCACAUAGAUGGUUUCAUUGUUGUAGCUGCGCACACUCAUGUCCUCCAAGGAGGGCCAGUGAGCGGUAGGGCAGCUGAUGCCAUUGCAGCUGCUAAUACUGCUGCAGAAGUUGCUCUAAGGCUUGUGAGACCUGGAAAAAAGAAUAAAGAUGUUACAGAAGCUGUUCAGAAGGUUGCUGCUGCUUAUGACUGCAAGAUUGUUGAAGGUGUUCUCAGUCAUCAACUAAAACAGUUUGUAAUUGACGGGAACAAGGUCAUAUUGAGUGUAUCCAGUCCUGAGACCAGAGUUGAUGAUGCAGAAUUUGAGGAGAAUGAAGUCUAUGCAAUUGAUAUAGUGACCAGCACUGGUGAGGGAAAGCCUAGGUUGUUGGAUGAGAGGCAAACUACUAUUUACAAGAGAGCUGUGGACAAGAAUUAUCACUUAAAGAUGAAAGCAUCGCGGUUCAUCUUCAGUGAAAUAAAUCAGAAGUUCCCCAUCAUGCCAUUUACAGCAAGGGCUCUAGAAGAGAAGAGGGCCCGGCUAGGAUUAGUGGAAUGUGUGAACCAUGAUCUUUUGCAGCCGUAUCCUGUUCUUCAUGAGAAGCCUGGUGAUUAUGUUGCCCAUAUUAAAUUCACGGUUUUGUUAAUGCCGAAUGGGUCAGACCGGAUCACAUCCCAUCCUCUGCAGGAGUUGCAGCCCACAAAGACAAUAGAUGACCCUGAAAUUAAGGCGUGGUUAGCUCUUGGCACAAAGACAAAGAAGAAAGGUGGUGGGAAGAAGAAGAAAGGUAAGAAGGGUGAGAAAGCUGAUGAAUCAGCAGAACCAGAGGCCAUGGAUGCAACUUUAAAUGGUGGAGCAUCUCAAGAAUGAUUUUUCCUUUUCUCUUCUUCCAAUUUUGGUACAUUUUACUCCUUUCUAUUUGCUUGCUGGCUUGGGGAGACAACUCUGGCUUCCCAAUUUGUAUGCAUGCAGAUAUUAGUUCGAGGUGGAGAAUGCAUGUUUUCCCCGACUCUGUACCUGUUUAUUCUUCUAUUAAACUUAUAAUGA